AUGGGGUUGUUCAGCCUCGCCGCGCCGCCCAAUACGGACCUCUGGCGAAAGCCACCAUCGCGAGACACCUCGACGGCGCCUAUUCUCUACACCGCCUUGCGCAACCCCUUCAUCGCUGCCGAAGUCACUGUCGCCGCCGACUGGGAGCUGGAGUGGGAUCAGGGCGGGCUCGUCAUCUUCGCAGGCGCGCCGCCCGGCCGUGUCGCGACAUCCCCCAGGCCCGACGCCGAUUCACCUGCUUCUUCCACCCCGUCGGCCGCACCCAGUAAUAACGCACAACCGCCCACGCAGGCCCCAAGCGCCCAAGCGAGCCCAGCACCCACAUCGCAGAAUGCGGGGCAGCACCCCGGCCCCGUAGCUACUACUGUCGCACAACCACAGGCUCCACCGCCGUACAUGCCGCCUGCACCCGCCUCCAAAUGGGUCAAAGUCGGCCUCGAGUUCUGCAACGGCGCCUGCCACGCUACCUCGGUCGUCGCAACCUCAGACGGUGCCGACUGGGCGCGCGCCGAUAUUGUUCGCCGGCCGGAGCUGCGCGUCAAGAUCGAGCGCAUUGGAUGUGCCUUGUGGGUGUGGUACGAGGACGAGCUGGCCGGGUGGAAGAAGCUGCGGGAAGUGACGUGGUUCUUCUGGGGCGUUGAGGACAAAGCUGUCAGAGUCGGCGUCUAUGCGAGUCGGCCGGCUAACUUUGGGACGAGCAUGUACGAGAGGAGGCAAGGGUUUACUUCGAGUCCGAGGAAUUUGUGCGUCGACUUUGAGGGCUUGGAGAUAUUUUGA